AUGAACGCGAAGUCAAUAUAUGCGGGGGACGCUAGCUCUAUCUAUGCGACCAACACUAUGUUCCCAAAAGACAUUGCCCUCCAAGACGAUCUAAAAUUUGACAUUGCCGCGCCCUCGGGAUGGGAAUACGCGCCUGGCGACACCAUAAUAGGGCAUCUGAUGCGCAAGAGCCCACUCGUCACUCCUGAAUGCACAGUGAGCGUCUGGCUCGCAGGGCGUGUGAGAACGAAGAUUUGGCGAGACAAAGACUCACGAUAUGGCCCUGAUGUUUACGAUGAUCAUUGGGAUCUCUUCCAUGGUACGCAAGAUGUUAUUCACGAUGGACCGCUGCACCACUCAGAGAAUAGUGACGAGCCUCUGAGCUGGCCUAUCGCCCUCCAAAUCCCCACCAUGCCUUCACCGUCAGUAGGAAAAGGUCACACCGACGCAACGAGCUUCACUUCCCUGGAAAAUCCUUUACCAUCUUUGCCUGGGACGUUCAGUGCACAUGGAAGUGACUUUCCCAACAGAUCAGAGGGCGUGGUCGAAUAUGCGAUCCACGCUCGUUUGAACUACAUUCACCGAGGAGCCCACAAAGUCUUCUAUACAACCUUGUCAAUCACGCUUAGACACCCCAUGGACUCGAGCGUUCGUCUGGGUGAGACCAAAGAAUGCCACAUUUAUCAUCCACUAAACAUCCAAAGCCAGCGCCUGCUACCGGGAAUGGAAGAUAUGGAGCUAUCUCUUGGGCAAAAGACUCGGAAGCUCUUCCAUUCCUCCAAAGUACCCGAAUUUUGGUAUGAAAUUACCAUGGGAAUGCCAACAGCGAUCCAACUCAACAACUCUGAGCCUUUCCCCCUGGUUUUCAGUUUUCUUUCCCGUGAUGAUAAAACCAGUCAAAGCAUCAAGGAUCAUCCACAGAAAAUUCACAUCAACUCGGUUAAUCUACGUCUCCACUGUACGACUGCUGUAAUGGCAGCGAGUAACUUGCGAGAAAAUUAUCCACAGAAGGACCAGGAGACAUAUGAAGUGAAUUUAUAUCUACAAAAGGUCUUUGAGGAGCUCGAGGCUUCGCUUGUGAUAAGUUCCACGGGAAAAGGAAACGAGCCUAUUAAUUUGGGCAACUUGUUCCAGCUUAACUUAAGAUCUGAUGGGUUGUAUACUGCAGGCAAACGUCUGGUUCGUUGGCCUAGUAUAAACAGUAUCUACCCCGAUUUCACAGCAUAUGGUAUCAAACAUACACAUUCGCUGGAACCGUCCGUCAAUCUUUCGAUCGCAGGGGAGGAAAAAAACGUCAAAUUCAAGCCCCAGCAGCUGCAAAUUAUAAGGGCUGCCUGA